AUGCCAAACAAAUGCUUUGUGCCUGGUUGCAGGACUGGUUACGCUUCUAAAAAAAAUGAAACUGAGAAGAUAAAACUAAUUUCAUUAUUUAAGCCUCCAGAGGAGUUAAUUGAAGUAUGGAAUAGAAAAAUGCCACGGGCAGAUAGGUAUUUAACAUCAAAAGACCGCGUAUGUGAGUUGCAUUUUCUGGCCGAUUGCAUAACGAAAGAAAAAGUUUUAAAGGGGCCUAAUGGGAAGGACAUACAAUAUAAAUUGUGUAAGCCUACAUUAGUAGCUGGAGCAGUUCCUACCAUUUUCCCAAAUUUACCGGAAUAUUUGAGUGAUAAAACCAUGAAAAGAAAGCCACCUAAACUGAGGAUUGCUUCAACAAAAAAAACUUAA